AUGCAGGACUGUGAAGAUGGUGUUUCUAGCGGAAAGCAUGAGCAACUUCCUAGUCGCCUGGAGGCAGAUGCAGACCCGUUGGUGAGGAGCAUCGACAGCAUCAUCCAGCGGCGCCAGGAGGAGCUUUUCGUUCGUCGAAGCCUCAAGGAGCUAUCAGACAUCAUCCAAGGCAUACUUCAACGAGUUCGCUUUGCCCGGAGAGUCGCCACCGUUGCGGCGCAUCUCACGGUUUUCCUAUGCUUCUCCGACUGCAUCUGCCAGAACCGCUUCGAAAGAAUGGGAGUGAAUGCGAUGCCACUGUUGGAAGAGGAGGAUUACGAGGCACUAGCUGAUGCGCGCUCCAAGCAGCGGGCCAUGCGAACUGCAGAGCGCUCCGAGCAGAACGAGGAAGAUGCAGCGAUUCAUGGCAUGGCGCAGAGGCUUGUUAUGUUCGUCUCCUCGAAGUGGUUCGAGGGCACCUUCGCUGCCGUCAUCAUCACGAACUGUUUCUUUCUAGGCAUUUCGUUGGAAGCCGCUGCUCAGGAUCUCUCGUCAGAGCUUCCACUUGGAUUUAAAGUUGUGGACUACAUCUAUGCGACCCUCUUUGCUGUGGAGCUAGUCCUGAAAGUUUGUGUGCAAGGCAAGAGUUUUUUCUGUUUCUCUGCAGACAGAUCUGCACUGUUCUGGAAUUACCUGGAUGUGGUCAUUGUCGGUACAUCCAUCUUUGAACUGGUCUUUGAUUUGAUCCUGGCCUUCGAAUUUGACGAGUCGGCCGCUCCUACACAGACCCGCCUGCUACGGAUCAUCCGCGUCAUCCGUGUUCUGCGGGUCAUGCGGGUCGUCAAAGUCGUCAAGUUCAUCUCGGCAUUGACAUCGCUCGUGACAUCAAUCCUGUCCACGCUGAAAUCCUUGCUUUGGAGCUUAGUGCUACUUCUGAUGGUGAUGUACGUGUUCGCCAUCCUGUUCACCGACACGGUCAUUGGACAUGUCAAAGAGGUGGGUCAGGAAGGUCAGACGGAGCUCCUGACCUACUUUGGCUCACUGCACCUAUCGAUGCACACACUUUUCCGGAGCGUAACUGGAGGGUUGGACUGGGGCGAGAUGGCAGACCACCUCAUUGAGAUUGACUGGGUAUGGGGCUACUUCUUUACUGGAUUCGUUGCUUUUUCAUACUUCGCGGUUCUCAAUGUUAUGACAGCUGUGUUCUGCCAGCGGGCCAUCGAAAGCGCAGAGCAGGAUGAGCAGAAUAUUCUGCAGCGCUUUCUUGACGAUCAGCGGCGCUACAGGCAUCGCAUCGAGCAGCUCUUUUCGAGAUUUGAUGGUUACUUGGUUG